GGGAGAAGAAUGUAAAGGAGAGAAACUGCCUGAGGGCUACAUAAUUGUAUUGUUCUGCUGUGCUGACCGACCCUCAAGAAGGCAAGGCAGGGGGAGGACGGUAAAAGAAACUUGUGUUUUUAAAAGUAACCAUCGGGUGGAGGGAACAAGUAGAAUGUGAAGAAGACAAAUGAAAAGGAGUAAGAGCUGACGAGAAAGGGGCGGAGGCUGUCUUGGUACUGAUGUGAUGGAAAGUAACAGAAACUUGUAUUUUUAAAAGUUUCAUUGUGCUAACGAGCACAAACAGUAAUUUGUAUGUGAUAUGUAAAACUGAAAUGCAGAGGUAUAUUAUAAAAAAUGAAUUGACAUCCAGAGUGAAAGUACAGCUGUACUCGUAUGUACACCUACGUGCAACUAAGUUUAUUUAUAUUAAACCCAUGUCCAAUUGUAUGCAACUGUACACAUGUAAUAGCGUGCAUUCUGAAAGCAGGAACACCAGAUUAAGGGCCCAGCAUUGCAGUACGUGACACUUUGGGGGGCACAUAGCUAUUUUGGUGAGAUAUUUCCUGGGGAAACCGCAUGAGAUUAAUGGGUUAACCCCCCUCUGGUUCCAACCAUGCCACUGUCCUAGUCCGGAUCAUCACCCUCCCCAUAUUGGAAAUAAUACUGUAUUCUAAAGGAAAGGGGGGGAAACACAAGAGAGACAACAUAUUUAAUGUGUCUAGUUUUGCAGCAAACACACCAGCCCUUUUCCUGUUGUCACUCUCUCAUUUGGAUCUUUUGCCAUGGUGAGGCAAUUAUAGGAAAGGGAACACCCUCUCCUUAUUUGGAGUUAAAGUAGCACAGUUUUUAUGCUUCAGGGAGAGACAGCAGCAAUGGCAGCUGGGGGUCCCGUUGAAGAGCUCUGUGAUGAGACUACUUGUCCCAUCUGCCUGGAAUAUUUCAAAGAUCCAGUGAUCAUAGACUGUGGCCACAAUUUCUGCAGAGCCUGCUUGAUCCAGUACUGGAGGGAGUCUGACAGAGUUGUUUCCUGCGCUCAGUGUAGAGAAACUUUUCAGCAAAAGAAUUUCAGGCCAAACCGACAACUGGCAAAUGUCGUAGAAAUAAUCAGGAAACUUGAGAAGGAAAAACAAGCAGAAAGAAAAGGGGGAGAGUGUGCCAAGCACCAGGAGGUCCUGAAACUCUUCUGUAAGGAUGAUGAAGACCUAAUCUGCUUGGUAUGCGAGAAAUCCAAAGAGCACAAGGGUCAUGAUGUGGUUCCAGUGGAAGAGAUUGCCCAGGAGUUCAAGGAAAAAAUCACGGUCCGGAUGAAGUCAUUGGAGAAACAGAGAGAACAUAUUGUGGCUCUGAAAUUGGCUGAAGAACUUGGAAGCAAGAAGUGCCUGACAUACUUAGAAAAAGAGAAGAAAAAGAUCAAAUCUGUCUUUGAGGAAAUGCACAGAUUUAUUGAGGAAAAAGAGCAUCUGUGGCUAACCCAGCUGGAAGAUUUAAAGAAAGAUUUUGAAGAGAGGCAUCAAGAAAUUGUCACCAGGCUUUCUGCAGAGAUUUCCCGUCUCAGUAACCUGAUUACAGAGAUGGAAGGGAAGUUUCAGCAGCCACCACAGGAAUUCUUGCAGGACAUCAGAAUUACCUUGAGCAGGUAUAAGAAGCAGCAAGUGGAACAUGCAACAGAUUCUUCUCCAUUUCUGGAACAGAGAAUCACAUCACAUUCUCAGAAAAAAUUCCCUCUGGAAAAAGCUAUGAAAAAAUAUAAAGUGAACGUGACUCUGGAUCCAGACACAGCGAAUCCCUGGCUUGUUCUCUCUGAGGAUCUGAAGAAUGUGAAGUGGGGAAGCAGAAAGGACAACCUGCCUGAAAGCCCUGCAAGAUUUGAUGUGGAGACCUGUGUACUGGGCUGUGAAAGAUUCGCUUCAGGAAGGCAUUGGUGGGAGGUGGAGGUGGAGGAGGAUGGGAACGAGAAGUUGACCAUGUGGGCGGUAGGGGUCACAAGAGAGUCUGUCAGGAGGAAGAGACUGGAGAGCAUUAGUUCUAAUGAGGGGAUCUGGGCUGUAGGGAAACCAUUGGAUGUCUCUUUCCCUCCUCAUCACCUCAGGGCUUUUACUUCCCCCAAAGAAACCCAUGUGGCCCUGAAACAUGAUGUUAAAAAGAUCCGGGUGUCCCUGGACUAUGAAGAGGGUUGCGUGGAAUUUUUUGAUGCCAACACAAAUGAUUUGAUCUUUGUUUUUGCCUCAGCCCCAUUCUCUGGGGAGAGGCUUUGUCCCUUUUUCCAGCUGUUUUUAGGUGUCAGAUUGAAGUGCUGAAUCUUGCAAGUUUAAUCACUCUCACCACUUCCACCACCCUGAUCUAUGACUUCCUCAAUAGCGGCAUGAAAACCAUGAAAGGUUUAAGUCCUAAUAGCUCGUGAAUAGGAGGACUUCCAGUUUCCAUAGCAAUUUCAUAAUCUUCCGUUCCUGGGGCAAGAGCGGGCAAAGCAAAUGGAACUAAAUGAAUACAUGUAGCUCCUUCAAGCAGGCAGCUCCUUUUUAUUUCCAUGCCUUGAAAUAAUUACAUGCUCUACGUAAAAGAGAGAGAAGCCAGAGUUCUAUUCACAUUAUGUUCAACACUUGUACUAGUGUACAGCGUAAUGCAGGUACAGAUCUGUACAUAACUAGAGUUAUUCACAACUUAGUUAUGUUGAACACAGGUACAACAGUAUACUUUCUAUCUGUACCCUGCAUUUGAGGGGCCUAUAUUCAGGCACUUUUAAAAUGUACAUAAGUAGUCAGACUUCUGUACAGUUGUCUAAAGGUAAAGUGUGCUAUCGAGUCAAUAUCAACUCCUGGUGACUACAGAGCCCUGUGGUUGUCUUUGGUAGAAUAAAGGAGGGGUUUACCAUCGCCAUCUCCCACACAGUAUGAGAUUAUGCCUUUCAGCAUCUUUCCUAUAUCAUUGCUGCCCAAUAUAGGAUUUCCCCAUAGUCUGGGAAACUUACCAGCAGGGAUUCAAACCGGCAACCUCUGGCUUGCUAGUCAAGUUAUUUCCUCGCUGCACUUUCUGUGCACUUAAAGGCUUCGUGGCAGGCACAAGUUCAACUGGCAUAGACUAGUUUAUUUCUGUAUCUUUGGUAUUAGUUUUAAAGGCACAGAAUGCAUGCUGGGGGCGGGUUGGGUUGUAUGAAUCGAACCCUGGCAGAAUAAAAUCACUCUUGUAUAGCUUUUUAAAACUUAUUUUAGUUAGAAGAGAUGAUUAAUAUUUCAAACAGGGAGCAAAAAGGGGCCCUGGAAUACGCUCCCUCUUGAAAUAAGAGCUUCUCUGCUUGCUUUUAGGAAGAACCUCAAGUCUGUUUUCCUAGACUUAAAUGAUUUUUAAAAAACAAAACAUAAUAAUGAUGAUAUCUUUAUCUUUUCAGGUUAUUUUUUACUGGUUUUGUUUUGUGAAUUUUAACUGUUUUAUAUUAUUUUACAUUCGCUACAUUUUAACUUUGUACACCUAGAGAGGUUUAUAUCAGGCAGUAUAUAUAAAUAAAUAAAGUAAACAUACAUAAAUAAAUAAAUAAAUAAAUAAAUAAAUAAAUAAAUAAAUAAAUAAGAACAUAAAGCCCUCCUGGAUCAGGACAAAGGCCCAUCUAGUCCAGCAUCCUGCUUCAUGCAGUGGCCAAUCAGAGAAGCCUACAAGCGGGGGAGUGGCGAGACAGGUAACUGCCCCCUCCCUUGGUGUUUCCUAGCACAUGGUGGUCAGGGGCAUGCCAGCUCUGAUCCUGAUGGAAAUAUACUGCUAUGUAGGCUAGUAGUCAUUGACAGUGUUAUGCACCAAGUGGCUCAACCUGAAUCUGUAUCGACAGGCUAAAACCUAAGGUGUCUACUAGGCCUGCUCAUGAUGCAAGAGAUUCCUUGGUCCAGGGGAAUUCUGAACUCUUUGUGAACUUAUUGAACUCUAGGGAAUUACUGCUAAAAGGGAUUUGUUUGAUCUGUUUGUAGUUACUCUGUGGUAGUGCUUUUAUUGCUUGUAACAGGUGAAAUGUAUACUCUUUUAUUACACUUAUCCUGUAAACAAGUGCCUUGAGCUGGUAAAAUAUAUAGAUUGAUUGAUUCACACCCUGCCCUGCCCCCAUUCCCUUCUUCCUCUAUCUUCUCACUUCUUCUUUGCUUUGAAUUGCUGAGGCACUGGCAAAUGGAAUAGUAAAAGACCAGAGACUGCAGUUUGAGCUGGCAUGUUUUUGCAUCUGAAGGACAUUCGCCUGAUAAUAAGAGACACUUGUGGGAGCAGACAGGGAACACGCCUGUUGAUAAGAACUUACUGCCAAAAUAUUCAGGAUGUGCCAUCUUUGAAUGUGAGGACAUUUGAUAUGAGGGCAAAACCUUAAUGGUUGGCUGCAUUAACACUUUUGUCAUGUUUAGGACACUGAUGAUGGACAUUUGCUGUAGAUCAAAGAUUUUAACUGUAUAAGAGGACCAGCCAUGAGAAGCAAGGGAAGUGAGCUCUGGAGCUCCCUCCCAACUUGCUGAUGGCUGCCUCUGCAGGAGGACUUGGCGUAAUGACUAACUUGUCUGUCCUAUAUGUUCGAGACCUGUGCUGUGAGACCCACCUGAAUCCAUUGCCAACGCAUCCAUCAAACUCCAACCACUGCUACUGCCAGCCUUUGCCUCUUUCCUUGAUAUUCUAGCUUUGACAUUCUAGCCAAUCCUAGCUUUACCUCCAUCCUCUCCUCCCUCUCCCUUGCCCUUCCCUUCACAAUGUUAAAUGUUGGUAGCAGUUAGAUAUCCUUAGCCACUGAGCCAUUGCAUACACCCUUGCCAGCUCAUCUCUUUGUAAUAAUAUGUUUACCUUAGGGUAAUAAAAGUAAGUCCACUUUAAGUGGCGCAGCGGGGAAAUGCUUGAUUAACAAACAAGGUUGCCAGUUCGAAUCCCUGCUGGUAUAUUUCCCAGACUAUGGGAAAUAUAUAGAAAACCAUACUAUGGGAAACACCUAUAUUGGGCAGCAGCGAUAUAGGAAGAUGCUGAAAGGCAUCAUCUCAUACUGCGCAGGAGAUGGCAAUGGUAAACCCCUCCUGUAUUCUACCAAAGAAAAAUCAAAGGACUCUGUGGGUGCCAGGAGUUGAAAUCGAAUUGACGGCACACUUUACCUUAAACAUAUUAACGUACAGCCUUUGUCUGUUUUCUUUGAGCUUCCACCAGGAAUUGCUGUAUAUCAUGAAGUUACUUGAGAGCCCUUAGCUGGCCGCAGGCCUAAUUGCCUUGACUCUGGUGUAGCCCCAGGGCAUACACAGAGUACAGGGUGACUUUGGCACACAACAGCCCUAUCCUUCAUGAAUUUGUCUAAUCCCUUUUUAAAACCAUCUAGAUUGGCGGCUAUCACUACAUACAGCAGCAGCAAUUUCCAUGGUUUAGAUAUGGUUGCAUAUGAAUAGGAGACUUGAUGUGUGAGCACUGCAAGAUAUUCCCCUCAGGGGAUGAAGCCGCACUGGGAAGAGCAGAAGGUUUCAAGUUCCCUCCCUGGCUUCUCCAAGAUAGGACAAGAUUUUUUUAUAGGACAAGAUUUUUUUUUUUUUGGAACCAGCAAACUACCAAAGCAUACAGUACGUUGCCAAAGCACAAUUAUAUACAAAGUGGUUGUUUGUACAUGAUAUAUCUACAAAGAUUUACACACAAGGAUUUGGAAACCCACAAGGUUAUGAAGUAUAUGCAGGUAGUACUGUAACUCGGUGGGUGGGGGAUUUCAAGGCACAUCAGGUAAUGGGGGGCGGGUUUACAUCCAACGUCCAUUUCCACAAUUUGUCCCAUUGCUGUUUAGAAGAGAUACUCUUGUCUUUUUGCACAUAACCAUACAAACUUUUCCAGAAGAGAUUUACUGUCUCAUCUGCGUGAACCUCUUGGUCAUGUCUUCCCUCCCUAUUCCUAUGCAGGAGCAUUGCAUAAAUGACAUACAGGUUUACUAACCUGAUUCCCUAGUAUAAGGGUAUCUCAGCCAAGAUAGGGCUGAGAGAGAUUCCUGUCUGCAACCUUGGAGAAGCUGCUGCCAGUCUGUGAAGACAAUACUGAGCUUGAUAGACCAAUGGUCUGAGUCAGUAUAUGGCAGUUUCCUAUGUUCCUAACUACACAUUGUGAAAAGAAGUAUUUCCUUUUGUCCUGAAUCUCCCAGCAUUUAGCUCAAUGGAGGAUCCCAGCUUCUAACAUUAAUAUUAUGAGAGGGGGAGAAGACCUCCUCUCUAUCCACACCAGACAUACUUUUGUACACCUCUAUCAUAUCCCUCCUUACCCACCUUCUUUCUAAAAUAAGGCCACAAAGUCUCUCUUACGGGAGCCACUCAACUUCCUGAUCAUUUUGGUUGCCCUCCUCUGCACCUUUUCCAGCUCCACAAUAUCCUUUAAAAGGUGUGGUGCCCAGAUAUGGACACAGUCUUCCACAUGUGGACACACCAUAUAUUACACAUAAGGGCAUUACUAUAUUGGCAGCUUAAUUUUCCAAUCCUUUUUCUUUUCCAGGAGCUUUUAACACAACCCCUUCAUCCCCACACUCUACUUCACACCCCACACUCUAAGGUUAGGAAGCUUACCUAUGUGUAAAUGAAAUUAUUCCCAUGUUGGCAAUGGUAAACCCCUCCUACAUUCUACUAAAGACAACCACAUGGCUCUGUGGUCGCCAGGAGUCGGCACCAACUCAAUGGCACAUUUUACCAUGCCUGCAUUUCCCUCCUCUUCCUCUUGUCUCCCUAGUGUUGCCCCCCUAGAUUGUAAAUCCCUUGGGGACAGAGACCUAUCCUCCUUUUUUUUUUUGGUAAAGCACCAUGUACCAUACAUAAAUAAAAUAACCUUUCAAAUGUG